AUGAAUAAUGAAUCUAUCUCUUGGCAUGAAUCUUAAGCAUUCCCUGAUAUCAUUUAUAAUUACUUUAAGAUUCCUGCUGAUUUAUAACAAGCUGAAUUGCAUGGAGUAUGAUACAAAAAUAUUCAAUCUUUAGUUAGCAUAUAGAGUUUAUAAAGAACCUUAUAAGAAUUCUACAUAAUGCAAUUGCUGUAACUAUUAUAAAGAUCAUAUUAAAUUCAAAUUGUGUGAUGAGUUAAAUAAUGACUGUUUUGUAGCAUCUGAAUAUUUUUAAACAAUUAAAUGGAUGCUUAUAUAACUAACUAUUCUUUGGUAAACAAGAUAUUUAUUAUUAUAAAGCAUUUUUUUUGUUCCUUUUGGAUUAUUUUAUAAUAGAUAAGGGAAUGAAUGUGAAUAACAUCCAAAUUGUAAUUAAAAUUCACUUAAAAUAUACUCAAUAUGGAAUUUAGUUCCUAAUUAUUUUAGUCUUGCAGAUAUAAGAUAUGCAAUUGUUAUUCUUUUGACAUCAUUUAUUUUUAUAAUCUUAAUUAAAUGUGGAUCUUUUAAUACAUAAAUGAUCAAAGUUGCAAUAUCAUUAAAAACAUUCUGGUUAUUGCUUAAUGGAGUUUACUUUCCUGAAAGAAUUACAAAUUAAGAAAUUCUUGAUUUUUUAAAUAGAAAUUCUGAAAUAUGUAACUAAAUUUAUCUUGUAAAUUAAAAAUUGUAUUAAAAUAUUUUAUUUGAGAAAUUAAAAUCCCCUUAUCUAAGAGAAAAAUAAUAACAGUAAAUAUAUUUAUUUAGUAAUAAAGAAAGAAAAUGGUAUUAAGAGAAGUAUUUGAUGACAAUGAAGAUAUUAGGUAGAUCAUAAAAUAAUCAUUUCUAUUUUUUUCAGAUAAUGAUAUAAUCAAAGAAGAUGAAAUAAAAAAAGAUUUUAUUUAACUUUGUAAGGAGUAAGACUAAAAAUGUUAUUAUGGAUUUUAAAUAAGAAGUCCAUAUUUUCAAUUUUGUAUCUAGGUUAUUAUUGCUGGUAUUUACAGUUAACCUUUGAUUAUAGCAUAAUUUAUUAUAUUGAAAAUAAGAUAUGAUAUAAUUAAUAUUUAUAAUAAUGAAGAAGAAGAUUAUAUAAUUAAACAAUUUUUAAAUGUAUGCUUAACUUUACUUUCAAUGAUUACUUUUAUGAUAUUUGAUCAAAUAGGAUAAAAAAUAUUAAAUAGAUUAUAAUUAGUAAUUUAUCAUUUUGUAAGUAUAAAUGUAUAUAUAUAUAUAUUUAGUAUAUGAUAUUUUAUAUGUUUUAUUUAUAGAGUUUGGAUUUUGAAACUUGGAAUAUGUUUUAAAAUAAUUUCACUUAAUCUAGUUAUAAAAUGUUAUAAAAUGAAGGUAUGAUUGAUUAUCUGAUAACAUUGAGUUAUUUGAAUCUAAUUGUUCCAUCAAUAAAUUAAAUAUUUGAUUAUAAUUAUUUUUGGAAAAAAAUUAAAUUGUAAAGAUUAAAAACAAAAAAAACAAAUAAUAAAACCUAAAGAGAAGCAAAUUAAUUAUUUUAAUUAAGAGAAUUUAAUUUUUAUUAAAAAUAAAUUGCUUUGAGUAAAAUUUUUGCUAUAAGCUUAAUGUUUGGAUUCCAAUAUCCAUUAAUAAUUCCAUUAUCAAUGCUUUCAUUAUUAAUUGUAUUUUGGAUUGAUAAAUAUUUAUUUAUAAACUAUGCUAUACCUGUUGUGAAAGAUAAAUAUGAAGAAUUGUUACAAGGUGGUUAUUUCUUGUUCAAUAUUUGUAUGUUAUUUAUAUUUUUUGGAUAAUGUUUUAUGUUUUUUAAAUAUUGGAUUACUAUUAUUCUAUAUCUCAUAUUUAUUAUUUUACUAUUAAUUUUAAUUAUAGUAGCUUAUAAGGAAAGAGAUUAAUGGAUUAAUACUAAGGAGAUAUUAAAUGAACUUAUUGAAAAAUAAUAUCAAAUUAGUAAUGAUGAAAAAUAUUAAAUGUUUUUAAGUUUAUAAAAAAGACUGAAGAAAUUUGUUUAAGUAAUUAUAAAAUAAUAAAAUAUAGAAAUAAAAGAAAAUUAAUGUUGUUAAUGAGAGUAAUCUAUUAGAUUGA